CUCACUCUUCUCUCUGAUGAAAACACAUUUCCCUGGAAAACACGUGUUUCUAUUGGACAUUGCAAUGUUUACUCGUCACGUCAAACAAUAUCGAAUUCAAUGUGAAUUUUCCUUUAGACAUUUUUGUCUAAACACUGCAAUUGCGGAUCUAUCUAUGUAUUGUUUAUGUUUUAUGGUUGUUGAUGACGAAAACUCCAAAAACAUCAAAAACCCGAAUCCAAGACUUUAAAAUCGGAGCACGAACAGAUGUGGCGUUCAAUAAUAUUUAUCGAUCAAUUAUUCAUCGUAUAGUUUUCUCUGAUCAUCUUGUUUUUAUAUUGAUAAAAAUGGCACAAACGCUGGAGGACGCGCUGCUUGCUGCUCGUAUGGCUGUGCAAUUCGACGGCAAGGGUCAAUUUAAACCAGCCUUGUAUUAUUACGAUCUUGCUGUAAAACUGCUUGCUAGGUUACAAUUAGACGGCACGUAUGAAGAAAAACUUUCGGAGUAUCGUGACAGAAUAACGACGAUACAACAACUCAUUCAAGAUGAGGAGAAGAAUAGUCAUAAACCAGAAUCGUUGGAUCAGUCUCAGUUACAGAGAUGUAAAUUUCUUUUGAAUCAUGCGUUGAGUGCGGACGAAGAAGGUUUAAAGGAUGUUGCAAUAAAAUUAUACACUGAUGCGGCUGAACUUGGGCUUAAUGCAAAAACUCUUGAUACAAAAGUAAAAGAAAAAUUAAUGACUCUUGUUAAAGUUGCUGUUGAACGAGCGGAGGAAUUAAAAGGAGUUAAAACUACAGGAGUUAAAACUACAGAUGACAGUGUCAUAAAAAGUCUUUCGAAAUUACCAUCUGUACCAGAAGGUAAUCUUCCAGAUAUUGAUCAUUCAGAUACUUAUCAGUCAAAGUCAGUAGAAUCUGAGCAAUUAGGAAAUACCACACCGUCGUCUACUUCAGCUAGAAAUACUAGAUCCUCGCUUCAUAGAGGAAGCAGUGGACAUCUCAAAGUAACCGGUAGCACUAAUUAUACUGAAGAGGAAAAAAGAGUAUUACUGCAUAGCUCUCGUAUAAAUGAUCACGAAUUUGUACCAUUUAUGAGUAUUGAUCUUGCUGAAAAGUUUCAAUACGCUAUUCCGUUUACCGAUAAAGAUGGCGUUUUGGAAUUAGCUCCAAAACAAAAGCGUGAUUUUACCGGAUGGUAUCGACCAGAAGACUUGUAUUCUGAUCCUAAAAUGGUUGUUGGUCAUCAUGUCGAUUACUUCAGCAUAAAACAGACCGUGGUUUCUGACUGUUCAUUUGUUGCCUCACUUGCAGUAAGUGCGCAAUAUGAGAAAAAAUUCGGGCGAAGACUUAUAACGUCGAUUAUUUAUCCCAAAAACAAAAACAAGGAGCCUAUAUAUAAUCCAUUUGGAAAAUACAUGGUGAAACUACGUAUCAAUGGCGUACCACGUAAAGUAAUAAUAGAUGACUUUUUGCCUGUAAGCCGACAUAACAACCAAUUGUUAUGUUCGUAUAGUAACAAUCGUGGGGAACUAUGGAUUUCUUUACUCGAGAAGGCUUAUAUGAAAGUGAUGGGUGGUUAUGAUUUUCCUGGAUCGAACAGUAAUAUAGACUUACAUGCCUUAACUGGCUGGAUACCCGAGAGAUGUGCGAUAAGAACAGAUGAUGCAGAUUUUAAUAAAGAUAGUUUAUUUGAUACGCUGAUAUCGCGACUUCAUAGAGGAGACGUACUAGUGACCGUAGCGACAGGAGAAAUGUCAGAAGUUGAUGCAGAGCGCACAGGUCUUGUGCCGAGUCAUGCAUACGCCGUUCUUGAUGUGAAAAAGAUUAAUGGAGAAAGAUUACUACAGUUAAAAAAUCCGUGGUCUCACUUGCGGUGGAAGGGCAAUUACUCCGAACUCGAUACACGACAUUGGACUGCGGAUUUGAAAGAGGCAUUGAAUUACGAUCCGGAAUCCGCUUCGCAAUUUGAUAAUGGCAUUUUUUGGAUCGAUUACAACAGCAUAUGUCAGUUUUUCGAUGUAUUUUAUCUAAAUUGGAAUCCAGGACUAUUCACUUACACUUACUGUAUACAUCAGAUGUGGAAAGCUGGUAUCGGACCUGUUAAAGACGCGUAUAACAUAGGUGAUAAUCCACAGUUCUCAUUGGAAGUACAGAGCAAAGGGACAGGUGCUAUUUGGAUACUUCUUACAAGGCAUAUUACAGAUAUAGCUGAUUUUCGACAAAACCAGGAAUACAUCACAGUUUUAGUUUACCGCAAUAAUGGAAAAAGAGUGUAUUAUCCACAUGAUCCACCACCUUAUAUCGAUGGUGUUAGAAUAAACAGUCCACACUACUUGUGCAAGAUCAGACUCAGUGAACAAAGUGAUCCAAAAUACAAUCUGGUCAUAUCCCAGUAUGAAAAAACAAAUACCAUUUACUACACGCUUCGCGUGUAUGGCACGUGUCCGUUUACGUUGCGAAAAAUACCUCAGCUUUACCGAUAUGAAGAAGAAGUCACAGGGCAAUGGAAAGGCAUCACAGCAGGAGGAUGUGGCAAUCAUUCCACGUACAUGAGUAACCCACGAUACCAAGUAGUACUUGAAAGUGCUAAUAAUAAUAAUUAUUUGUUAAUUAUCCUGAAAGGACCUAGAGCUUAUCAAAUUGGAUUUGACAUCAGUACCGUUAUAUUGAAUGAUGCAAACGCGGCAACUGCGUUUAAAACAAAAAGUUCUGGACCGUUCAGAUCUGGAUUUGUAUAUUUGGAACUAGAAGAUGUACCAGCAGGAACUUAUCAGAUUGUUCCUUCAACAUACUUGCCUGGUCAAGAGGGGCCGUUCUUUUUAAUCUGUAAAUCUUCGUGUAAUUUUAAGCUUCAACUUCUUUAAGAAAUGAAAUAAAUCGUUGAUUAUUAAACGCGGAUAUUUCAAGUUUCUCGCGUGUAUAUACAAGAUGUUUAUUUAAAUAUUGCAA